CUCGUCUGGCGUAUGCAGACCACAGCUGAUUUCCACAGUUUAUACACACACGUGCUCUCACUCACUCGCACUAAUAACAGAAGGAAAUUUAAGAAAUUCACUAACACAAGCAGCCCAGGGAACUUGACUGAAUCUGGCAUCAUGAGUCUUCAACAGCCCUGCAUCUUUCUCAGAGGAGGAAAGAGGAGAGAUUCAAGAGCACUCACACAUGAUGAGAUAGAAGAGUUACGUGAUGCUUUUGUAGAGUUUGAUAAGGACAAGGAUGGUUUAAUAAGCUGUAAAGACUUGGGGAACUUGAUGAGGACCAUGGGUUACAUGCCAACUGAAAUGGAGCUGAUAGAACUGAGCCAAAACAUCAACAUGAACUUGGGGGGAAGGGUGGACUUUGAUGAUUUCGUGGACCUAAUGACUCCCAAGCUUCUGGAUGAAACUGCAGGAAUGAUUGGGAUGAAGGAACUCAAAGAUGCUUUCAAAGAGUUUGAUUUAGAUGGUGAUGGUUCGAUCACUUCUGAUGAGAUGAAACAUGCUAUGAUGAAGUUAUUGGGCAAACACACCAGCACAAAUGAAAUUGAUGCAGUGGUCAAAGAGGCGGACAACAACGGCGAUGGAACAGUUGACUUUGAAGAGUUUGUGAAAAUGAUGUCAAAGAAAUGAGAACAAAAGAAUGAAGAGAGGAGCGGAUGCAUUUUUAAUAAGCUUUCUAUUGUUGUUAUUUUAUUUCUGGUAAUGGGUACCCAUGUAACUACUACUGUAGAUACCGUGGCACUCCUGAUUUUUUUUUUAUUAUUAUUAUUAUUGGUUAAAAUUUGAAUGUUAGCUCUAGAGAGCCAGACCUGGUUUUGUAUGUUUGUCAUUUGUUGCAUUUCUUAAUGACUUUUCCAAGUUAAGAAUGAUUGACUGUAACUGUGUCAUUGUUAGAUGUUUUAAAGAAUUUGUAAUUAUGUUUCCAAUACAAAAAAGUAGCAAGUCUACAGAAUUUUAAAUGAAUCUAUGAUGUGGAAAUACUUGGUUUGCUGCACUGCAGACUCACCUUAGACAACUAAAAUCAAACCCAGUGAAUUUUACAGUCUUUGCUGGAUUACAGGAGUUCUCACCUACAUGUUCAGCUGAACUGGUGACCCUUGCUGUGAAAAUAAAAUAAAAUAUUGUAUUCAACCAAGAAAGGAGACUGUAAUUUAUAUAAAAUUAUAGACAGCCUUUGAUUUCCAGUUUAGUUUGACUUAGCAGUGGAGUUGACAUCAAGGACUGAACACAUUGACUUUCUUCACAUCUGCUGCUACUCACCAGACUGUAUGUGUAGUCUAAAUGGUGCUGGGCCCUUAUUUGGAUUAUACAUCACAGAUUACCCUUGUUUCUGUGCUGCUUUGUGAGAUGUGAUAUAUUUAAAUCAUAUAAGAUGAUUAUGAUAGAGAUGGGAAAGAAAGAAGAAUUAAAAGAAUAAAGGUGUAGGAUUACAAUAGCAGUCAGGAUUAAAAAAAAAUACUAGCACCAUCAUACUAACAAUGUGGAUGUGUUAUUGUUAGGUGUUUAAAUGGCACUGUUUCAAUGUAUUUUUUUUUUCCUUGCCCUGACAUCUUCACAUGAAUGUCAGAAAAUUUUUUAAUAAUCAUCAUUUUCCAUGAGUAAAUGAACACAAUUGAUAAUAUGGGUAAAAAUGUGUUAUUCACGGAAUAACAUGAUGAAUAUGUAUUAUUUAUGGAUGCUGUUCAAAUUUUAUCCCUAUAUUUUAUGUUUUGUUCUAUGUUUGUCUCUCCACUGUCCGCUUGGGAGCUCAGUCAGGCUCAGCUGUGCACGUUGUUUUGGGAGAAAGAAGAACAGGACACAGAUGUUACUCUGGGGUGGGUGAUAUUUUGGCUUUAUUGACAGACAAACUUGAAGUGGUUUUCUCUGUGAUCAGGAACAACUAGGCUGCCUGAUAUAGCAAACAGAUCAUAUUCUCAUGAUGUUAUUUUACCCCAGACUGCAUGUUGUGGAAAGCCUGAGGAUCUUUUGUCUUAGGCAGGUCAGCUGUUGCAUCCCACUUUUCUUUCUGCUGGGAUGGCUUAAGUGAGAAGGAAACCAUAAAGUUGGAACUGUAAUUUAAUUCUCCAACUUUUCUCUUUAACAAUUUGAGUCCAGAAUGCAAAAGCUGUAAUAAACCUCUGAAAGAUGACUGUUUCCUUGGAAUUCAAUUUAAUACUGAAAUUAAUAAUAGAUCAAUAAUAGACCAAGCAGAUUAUUUCCAGUUGAAUACUAAUGACUGAUGUAAUGUCUAAACAGCAGAUUGCCAGUGAUAGUAAACAGAGAUUUAUUUUUUAACCACUUUCCACAUUUGUGAUCUUUCACUUUAGGGAAAUCCCUCUAUAGUUGCUAAUUCUGUUGCAUAACAGAAGAACAGCAUGUAAGUUGCUGCGUGUGACAACGGCUAUUUUUGUCUUUCAGAUAAACGUGAUAAUUUAACCAUUGCAUGUAUCACAUGCGAUGGUUAAAUUUGUACCGACUAAUAUCAAGGCUGGUAAUGAAAAAUUAUGUGUUAUAAAAUUGUUAUAGUUGCAGAAAAAUGUUUAAUUAGCCUUUUUUAUUAAUACUGGCCAAUAAUAAUACAAUAUGCCAUUACCGGCAUGCAAAUAUCUCUGGAAUAUAGGUUUGGCUUCAUUUUAAAAUAUUUGACUGCAUAUCCCUUAAUUCUGAAAACAAAUUACUUGUUUGCUCACUUUUAAAUUGUUAUACUAUUUGCUAAUGAAUCUGAAAGCUUCAUUAUUCCUUCCUGUCACAUCUCACACAGCUUGAAGAGUAAAUGUCCCCUGCUGAAUGAAUCAUUGUCAUAUAACUACGUUUAAACAGUCUCAGGAAUAAUCUGUCUCUUUGGGAUGGAUUAGUUCAGUUGCUGUAAUCCUCAUCAUGGGACCCUCAGAGGAACAGAUGGCAGAUAAGACAAAAUCACCACACUAAUUCUCAUCUACUGGCCAAAAAAAAAAAAAAAAA